UUCAUUUCAUUUCCGAAACAAAAAGAUAAAUAAAACCGUGAAAAGUUCAAAGUUGAAACCCUAAGCGGCGGGAAAAAUCGAAGCAUUUCUAGCGGGAAGCAAUAAUUAGAGCAACAAAAUAACACUAUUUCUAAUUCCCUCACUUCAUUGUUUCACAAAUCUCUCCCUCUCUCUCUCUCUCUCUCUCUCUCUCUCUCUCUCUCUCUCUAGGGUUUCACGAUGUUCUCCAAUUCCCAAUUCGAUUCCUCCAACGCCUUCUCCGGCGGCGGAUUCAUGUCCUCGCAACCCAACGAUUCUUCUCCGGCACCGACUAAAAGUCGCGAUUCUCAGGGUUUGAUUCCGGUUACGGUGAAGCAGAUAAGUGAAGCUUCUCAUUCUGGAGAUGAAAAAUCCAAUUUCUCAAUUAACGGUGUAGAUCUGACUAAUGUUACAUUGGUUGGAAUGGUGUAUGAGAAAACAGAGAGGAACACGGAUGUUAAUUUUGUUUUGGAUGAUGGAACUGGACGGAUCAAAUGCCGAAGAUGGGUAAAUGAUACUUUUGACUCAAAGGAAAUGGAAGAAGUACUGAAUGGCAUGUAUGUUCGUGUUUAUGGGUCCUUGAAAAGCUUUCAAGGUGUAAGGCAACUUGUAGCCUUCUCUGUCAGGCCCGUGACAAAUUUUGAUGAGAUCCCGUUUCACUUUAUUGACUGCAUACAUAACCACCUCCGCAGCAAACUAAAGAUAGAAGGAAUCACUUCUGCACUUCCUUCAUCAAACUCGUCUAUGAAUACUCCUGUCAGAAAUGUCUCAAAUGGAUCUCAGGCACCAUCAUCAAAUCCGGGAUAUGUACAAUAUAGCACUGAUGGACUCAAGGAUAUUGAUAAAUUGGUCCUUAACUAUCUGGAGAAGCAUUCACACAUAGAGACGGGAGUACAUGUUGAUGAGUUAUCAAGAGAGCUCAAGCUUCCAUUGGACAAGAUCAUGUUGUUGCUGAAGACUCCUUUAGAGGAAGGUGUGAUUUACUCCACCAUAGAUGAUUCCCACUACAAACUUGCUUGAUAUUUUGUCAUCUAAAGCAUAUAGCCGAGGCUCGGGCUAGACUGGGACAAGAACCACCGCUGAUAUUGAUGUUGGUCUGUUUUGGUUCAUAGGUUGAUGUAGAUAUUUUCUGGAUCAAUUAAUCUUUUACCAUGUUGUUUUUUUUGACGAUCUAUUACUACAUAUGCUUAGAAACCGUAUUAUGUUUUUUGACUAAAUUACCGAACACUUUAAAUGAUCUCACGUCUGAAUUUAACAUCUA